AUGGGGAUCCUCGACUUGCCCAAUGAGCUCUUGCACGAUAUCUUCUCCUAUCUGGAGGAUCAAGAUGUCUUCAAUGGACGCUUGAGUAACAAGUCUCUCGAGCAUGCUACUUUGGCACAUUUCGGAAAACGUUUCUUCCGUAAGAAAGGGUUCAUGAUUACCAGCCCUUCGAUCAAUGUCCUGCUACACAUCGCUGCGAGCGAGAGACUACGGAAAUAUGGUCAACACAUUUGGUUCAAUCCGGAUUGCUUCACGUUCGUCAGCCCGGCCUGUGCACAACAGUGUGAGGCCAGUGAUUCCGAGUCGGACGAUGAGCUAGAUGGCAUUCGCAGAACAGCCUCAAGGCCUGUCGACAAAGAAGCUCUCGCCCAAUACGAAGCAUACCAGGCCUGUAUAGACGACCAUGAAGCUCUACUGUGGCAAGGUGUGCUGGAGCAAAACCUAGCCAUGGCUUUCAAAUCGUUGCCGAAUCUCAUGACGAUCGGCAUGCGUAGAAGCGAAGACUACAGUCCAUACGGGUGGCGAGCGUUGAAAGCUGCUGUUGGCGAAGAUCCGCGAGUGCUCGGUCCUAUUCCAUAUCGGCAGACCAAACGAUUGUCUGGGUCGACGCAAUUGUUUGUCGCUGUCCUUCAGGCUGCUGCUAGUAGUAGCAAGCAGAUCCAACGACUGUAUACUGAUGCCGUUGAGUUUGACAACAUCAGUCAUCUACAACUUCCGGAAACGGUGCUCAUUGCUGGUUGCGAAUCCAUAUUAUACCUUGAACUCAACGCCGUGAAAGGCUGGGUACCGACGGACAAACGAGUUGGCGGCGUGCGUGGCCAUAUCAACCCUUCCGAGACAUUCGUGCCUGGCUCUGGACUCGUUCGACUGUUCUCUGCGACACCAAACUUAAAGGAGCUCGGGUUGCAGAUAUUCAGUGGACCUCGACAGAGCCACUUGAUAGCGCCCAUCCCGAAAGAUCCUGAAAGCUGGAGGCAGAGCUAUCCAUACCUUGUGUUGGCAAACAUCGCCGCCAAUGUGUCCUUUCGGCAUCUCACGAGGAUGAAGCUAGAAAAGGUGCCGGCAACCGCUGCAAUGCUACAGAAUCUCUUCAAACCGUGUGCAGCAGUGCUCACAAGCAUGAAACUUCGAGACAUCCGACUCCUUCCUUCGACGAUGGAUGCAGAGACCGAGCGACCCUGGUCUGACUUCUUCGCCUUCUUGGUCGAAUCCUGUCCGAGUCUGUCGUAUGUUCUAUUUCAGCAUCUGAUGCAUGCUCGUGGUGGCGUGUCGUUCCAGCCCGAGGAUGACCUGCCCGCGGGAGACGGAGAGAACGAGAACAGCUACUUGAUUGAUCACGUACCAGAGAGCCAUGGAGGCACUGGUCGGGCGGCGCUCUUUGUGAAGUUCGAUCGACUGAUCCUCGAAGUCAGUGGACUGAAUGAAGUCAAUGCGAAAUUGACGGAGGUAGUACAAGGGCACUGGUACUGCCAAUCGCUGUUCAGCUAUGCCAUGGAUGAAAUGCUUUGGUGUGAACCCAUGGAAAGUGGCAAUCGCGUUGCCAAAACUUUCUUACAAGCUCCCAGAGAGCCUCCAAGGUCCAAAACUUUCCAAAAUGGCGCCGCCAUGGCCGCGCUACAAUCCUAUGGAAACGGCAUUGGUAGGACCGGCAAUUCGUCGUUUUACGACAAAGCCUUUCGAUCGACUGUGCACAAAGCCUCGAAUGGUCACGUCGAGACAGACAAGCUAUCAUUGAUUGCCGCUGGUCGACUCGCUGGGAUGACUGAUCCGGACAUUUACGAUCUUCCUUCGGAAACGCAGAGCGAUUCAGAAACGCCAUGGGCUUCAACACCAUGA